CUCAUGAAAAACCAGUACGGGCUGUAGCUUGCACGCCUCAAGGAACCAUCUUUACUGCUUCGAGAGACUCAACUCUCGUUCAAUGGGAAGGCUCAAGGGAAUUUCCUUAUUACAAACGUUUUAUGACUUACAAUGCUCAUCAACACUACGUUUCUACUUGUUAUUUCUGUCCUCCUAAUGAUACUUACCAGAAAGGGCUAAUUAUCUCAGGAAGUAAUGAUAAAGUAGUAUAUGUAUUCGAGCUUGGCAAAGUGGAGCCCCUCUAUACGCUCUGCGGUCAUACUGACGCUAUUUGCUGCAUUGCUUGUGGGAAUUAUGCAAAGAAACUUUUCAUUGCAACGGCCAGUUGGGAUACCACUAUAAAAGUCUGGGAAAACGGUUUGUGCAGGGCCACUCUGUCCUCGCAUACUGCAGCAGUGUGGUGUUGUUGUUUUGUAGAUUCUACCUGCCUUUGGAGCGGUUCUGCAGAUAAAACUAUAAAAGUUUGGGCUUUGACACGUAAUUCGCAGAAGUUAGUAGCAACUUUGGAGGGGCACACCGAUGCGGUCCGCGGCCUCGUGUUUUUACCGGCGACUUCUACAAGACACGUAGCUUCCUGCAGCAAUGAUGCCUCUAUAAUGAUCUGGUCUACUCAGACUUAUGAGUGCUUGAAAGUUCUGAGAGGCCAUAAUAAUUAUAUAUACAGUAUUUGCCGUUUAAACGCCGGCAGCGGUUUUGUCACGUGCGGAGAGGAUAAAACUUUGAAAUUUUCGGAAUUUUGAGUGCGUGCAAACUAUUACUGUUCCUGUAGAGUCCAUGUGGAGUGUUGUGUGUAUAAACUUCGAAGAAAAUGAAGCUCAGCAUCAAAAUUUUACAGCAUUGAGAACAGGAGACAUUGUGGUUGGUUGUAGUGAUGGAAUUGUCCGCAUUUUUAGUGCAGUUCCUUCGCGUUAUGCAUCUCCAGAACUCUUAGAAAAAUUUGAAGAGGAGGUUUCAAAAUUGACUGUUGACGAAAGGCUUAUUGACUCUUCCUUAAAAAAAGAGCAUCUUUCAGCUCCUGAAGAACUAAACACCAAUGGCAUUUGCGAUGGACAACAAAAAUUGAUUCGCCGACCAACCGGAAAGAUUGAAUUGUACACGUGGUUUUCUUCUCAUUCGACGUGGCAAUAUGUUGGGGAAGUUGUCGGGGUCCCUAAACAAAGUUUUCAAGGCAGAGAAUACGACUUUGUAUUUGACAUUGAUGUUGGGAAAGGCAUGCCGCUGUGUAAACUGCCGUAUAAUUUGUCAGACGAUCCAUGGGAUUCGGCAAAAAAGUUUGUUGCUGAGCACAACUUGAGUUUAGCUUACACUGAGCAAAUUGUGAACUUUAUUAAAAAAAACAGCGGUUAUUCCAAUUCAUUAAAAAACCAAUCAGGCGUCUCGUUUCAUGAGGAAACCCCAUUUCAUUCACUAUUUUUUUUGAAAGAUUAUCUUUACUUUCAAAAAGCUCAGCUUCCCGCUAUCAUUAAAAAAAUUGCUGAAUUUAAUACUCUUGUAAGCGACAUGUUAAAACUUUCGAAGCAUCAAUUGGCAAGUUUAGACACUUGCUGCGAGGACCUUACCAGUCGUCAAGUGGUUCAAUAUGACGUGCUAUCCACGCUAAUGAAGUGGCCUUGCAAAUAUCGUUUUCCAGUUAUUGACUUGCUUCGCUGCACGGCGUUGUCAGCUGAGGGCAGUAGAACCCUCGCAACAACAGACUUGCUUCCGCAUAUCAUUGAUAGUUUACCGGUACUUUCCGAGUCGGACGAACGCUGUCUGGUUUUAGCUCUUCGCUUUCUUGCAAACUGCUUCAAGCAUGAAGAACUGCGAAAGAUUUGCGCUGAAAACUCAUUAAAGUUUUUGCAGCUCCUUUCGCUCAUUCAUUCAAAGGAUGACGCCACUUUGCUUUCCUUAAGCACCGUUUUGCUAAACUAUACCAUAUUAAUGAAAGAAUGGAACACUACUUCUCCGCAACUUCCGCCAAUGUGCUUUCAAAUUU